AUGUCUUGUAGUAAUUCUGUGCUUCUUAAGCUGUUGGUCCUAUCUGCUUCAACGUACGAGACAAGUGAUAUGGACCAGGCCAUGCGAAUUGGAAUCAAUGCUAGCGUUCCGGAUCUCAGUCUGGACAUGGGCCAGGUCACCGUCGCUUGCCCAGCUCGUCGGCCUCGGCGCAGCUAG